AUGGCCAUGCUCUCGCAUCGUCUCCGGCGAGUUCUUGUCGCUUUACCUUCCUGUUUCCAACGAUCCUACUAUAUACCUCGCGCCUCCGAUUUCCCUUCCGUAUCGUCUCUGUUACCGCGAUCCGUGGUGAGGCAAUCGACGGAAUUCGGUCGAUCUCCGGCGAGGUUAUUAUCGACGAUUCAGUAUCAAUACGAUCCUUACACUGGAGAAGACUCCUUCACGCCAGAUAACGAAGGGUGCGAUUUUAACCACUGGUUAAUCACAAUGGAUUUCCCCAAAGAAAAUCCUCCAUCCAGAGAAGAAAUGAUUUCGACUUUCGAGCAAACCUGCGCAAAAGGGCUUAAUAUAAGCUUGGAAGAAGCUAAGAAGAAAAUCUAUGCUAUUUGCACAACUAGUUACCAAGGUUUUCAAGCAACCAUGACAAUAGGAGAAGUAGAAAAGUUUAGAGAUUUGCCUGGGGUUCAAUACAUAAUUCCUGAUUCUUAUGUUGAUCUAGAGAAUAAAGUGUAUGGAGGGGACAAAUACGAGAAUGGAGUGAUCACGCCUGGGCCAAUUCCUGUCCCAACUAAAGAAGGCUUCGAUUCUGUAGAGAAGGAGAAUACACAGAGACAAGAGGAAGCUCAAAGAAGUCAAACACUUUCCGAUGAGACUCCAGCUUCAGCACAACUACAAGAUCAAGGAACUCAAACGCCUCCUGAUCAGAAGAGUCUUGAACAAGAGCAAGGAACUUUGGCUCCAGUACAAGGGAAGGGUCAAGGAAGUCGAAUGCUUGAUCGAAUACUUAACGCGGCACAAGGUCGAGAUCUAGGGAGUCAAAUGCAAACCCCAAGACAAGGGCAAGGUCGAGUGCCUUCAUCUCAAGGAAGUUUCAAACAAAGCCAAGGAACUCUGUCCCCAGGACAAGGCCAUGCUAGUCAAGCAAGUAAUUUGCCUUCGUUUGAAGAGAGAUUUAAGCAAGGCCAAGGAACUCCUCCGCCUGUAGGACAAGGGCAUGCUCAAGAAAGUCAAAGGCCUUCAUUUCAACAGGGUUACUACACCCAAGGCCAGGGAACACCAAUCCAUGGACAAGGGCAAGGCCAAGGAGGUCAAGUACCUUCUUAUCAGAUGGGUUACAGUCAAAGCCAGGGAGCUCAGACCCCUCCAGGCCAAGGAUUACCAAGCAAUUACGGUCAAGGGGCAGUGACGAACUACAACCAAGGAUCACCACCACAAGGUAACUUUAUUCAAACGACGCAAGAAACUUACAACCAAAGGAGGCAAGGGAGUUACAUUCCGCAGAGUGAUGGAAACUAUGGUUCUGCACAAGGAGCAGAAAGUCCAGGAUUUGGACAUGGGCAAGGUCAAGGAGGUCAAUUACCGUCUCCAUAUCAGGGGAGUGUUAACCAAGGGCAUGGAACUCAAAUGCCAGGGCAAGGUCAAGGAGGUCAAGUACCUUCAUAUCAGAUGGGUUACAGCCAAGGCCUGGGAGCUCCAUACCAAGGAAACUACAACCAAGGAACACCAAACAAGUAUGGUCAAUGGGCAUUCGCAAACCACGGUCAAGUGCCACCACAAAAUUACAACCAAGGAGUUCAAUGGAAUUUCAGUCCUCCACAGUUUGGAAAUCAAAUGCCUCAGUAUCAGUUAAGUUACAAUCAAGGCCAAGGAGCUCCGUUCCCUGGACAAUGGCAUUGUCAAAGAUGUGGAAUGCCUCAUCAGUGGAGUUUCAAUCAAGUCCAAGCAACACCUAAUCCUGGUCAGUGGCAAGAUCAAGGAUGGGUAAUGCCUUCGUAUCAGGCGAGUUAUAGCCAUAGCCAAGGAGGAGCGUCGGGGCCUCCACACCAAGGAAACUACAAUCAUGGAAUACCGAGCAGUCACGAUCAAGGGACAUCUACAAACUUCAACCAAGGGAUUCCGGUGAAUUAUAGCCAAACAGGGCAAGGGAAUUACAAUCUGCAAAAUGGUGGAAACUACGGUACACAUGGAUCAGCAGGGUUUCAUGGACAAGGACAGAAUCAAACAUAUCAACAAGAGGAUCAGAGAAACACAGCAGGUGACCCAAAUAAAACCAGCAAAGUUCCACAUUGA